CAAUCCUGCAGAUAUGGCCUCAAAUUGCAGCAUCCUUUAUGAAGAACUGCUCCUGUGUUCAAUCUGUCUUGGUGAGUUUAAUGAGCCUGUCUCCACUCCAUGUGGACACAACUUCUGCAAGGGUUGCAUCAUGAAAUACUGGAACAGUCUGGUUAGUGGACCUGCACAGUGUCCUCUCUGUAAGAAAAAGUUGGGCAACAAACCAAGGCUCCAGGUCAACACAGAGUUUAGAGAUAUGGUGGAGCAUUUCAACCACAUGAGAGUCAAGGACUUGCCUAAGAUCAUCGCCAAACCAGGAGAGGUUACCUGUGACAUCUGCACCAAACCAAAGCUUAAAGCCAGCAAGACGUGCCUGGUGUGCUUGGCCUCGUAUUGUGAGAUACACUUGGAGUCACACCAGAACCUCAACAAGCACAAACUGAUUGAUCCUGUGUCCAAUCUGGAGGACAAGGUGUGCAAAAAGCAUGACAAGAUGCUAGAGCUCUACUGCUGCACCGACGAAGAGUGUGUUUGUCUGAUUUGUUUAAAUGACGACCACACAUCACAUAAGGUUGUUCCACUGGAGCGCGCCUUUAAAGACAGAAAAGCCAUUUUCGACAACUUGACCUCAGAGUUAAAAGAGAUGGAGAACGUUAUGUCAGGGAGUGUUAGAAAAAACAAAGAUUCAGUUCAGAGAAGCAGGGACAUGUCAGUAAAUGACAUUGGACAACUUGUACAAGUUUGGAGAGCUCUAGUGGCUUUUCUUCAAAGAAAACAGGGAGAGUUGGUUAAGGAAAUUGAAGAGAAGCAGAAAGAAUCAGAGAAACAAGCUGAAGAUCAGAUAACUCUCCUGGAACAAAAACUUUCUGAUUUAAAAAGAAGGAGAUCAGAUAUUGAGAAGCGCAUACAGUUAGAAGACUACCUCUACCUGCUGCAGAGCUGUCAGUUCAAACAAAUACCCGAGAACACUUACCAGAUUGAUCAACUGACUGAACAGCCCACCAAUGUAAAGAUAGUGAAAAAGUCAGUGGCUCAGAUUAAAGAGAGAGUCAUUAAGGAGGUAGAUACGCUGAUUAAUAAGGUAAGGUCAUCUGAUUUCAGUGAACCACCUGAACAGUCAGAUGAGGAUGAAAACAAAAGGAUGGGAAAUUCUGUCCAAGACGCGUGGCGUCCACCGAAGGACAGGCUCAUGAUGAUUCAGCAAUGCAAUGCAGUUAAUGUGACGUUAAACUCCUAUAGCGCACACCCACAUCUUACUGUAUCUGGAGAUGGGAAGACACUGAGCUUAAGACAGAGUGAGCAAUGGUUCCCUGUUUUGCGAUGGCAAUUUAAAAGUUGUUGUGCUGUAUUGGCAAAUGAAGGUUUUAAUUCAGGAAGGUUCUACUAUGAAGUGGUAGUCCCCAACAGUCAAUACUUGGUCUUGGGAGUAGUUAAAGAAUCAGUUAACAGAGAAGUCUGGCCUCUCUCACCUGAGCAAGGAGCCUGGUUAUGGUUUGGGCCAUAUUUUCAAGAGAACAUCGAAAAAAUUGGUGUGUUCGUAGAUUACGAGAAGGGAGAAGUUUCCUUCUAUGACGUCAAUUCCAGGACCCUGUUACAAUCCUUAACAGAAUGCUGCUUUACGGAGACAAAAACAGGAGUGCAAGGUUUGCUUUACUCAGUUAUAGGACUUUCACCGGUAUACAGACCAAAGAUCUACCCCUUCUUUAUGUACAAUGGCUGUUAUUUACAAGAUAGUCUUACUAUCACUCCGGUCGAAUGCACAUGCUAAGAUAAUCCUAAGAUACCUGAGAAAUGGAUGAUCUAAUGAAAAAAAAUGUAUAUCAACUUGAUUAAAAAUCACUGUUAAUGUUAAUGAGG